AUGGACCAACACUUAGUCAGUCCUCAUGAGGACGUUAGGCCAGCGUCAUCCAACGACACUCUCCGGGAGAAGACGAUUCAAGAACAGCACCACCAGAGCGACGAGACAGACCUGGAAGUCAGCGAUGACGGGGCCAACGAGCUCGUUCGUGGCUACAGCUUAGAGCUUGUCCGCACAUCCACCCGUCCGAAUAGCUCCUUCGUCAACCCCUUCCUUUCCAAGGAUCCUUCUCUCGACCCCAGCAGCCGCGAGCAUUUCAACGCCAAGAAGUGGACCCGAUCGCUGCUCCAGCACUCUGACCACGACCCCGAAAAGUUUCCCAGGUUAGAAGCUGGCGUCGCGUGGCGCAACUUGAGCGUCCAUGGCUUCGGUACCGACACGGACUACCAGAAAGAUGUUCUGAACGUCUUGCUCCAAGGACCCAUGAUGAUUAAGCAAUUCUUCAGCAACAGGAGACAGAAGAUUGACAUCUUGAGGGAGUUUGAUGGUAUUGUGAAGAGUGGUGAGAUGCUUCUGGUUUUGGGACGACCAGGAAGUGGAGUUUCGACUCUGCUGAAGACCAUUGCUGGAGAGACGAACGGCCUACAUCUUGAGUCGCACUCACACCUCAGCUAUCAAGGUAUCCCGAUGGAGACGAUGCACAAAGCAUUCCGAGGCGAAGUCAUCUACCAGGCCGAAACCGACAUCCACUUCCCUCACAUGACGGUCGGGCAGACGCUUCUCUUUGCCGCUUUGGCCAGAACACCCAAGAACCGUCUUCCGGGUGUCAGUCGACAGCGAUACGCUGAGCACCUCCGAGACGUCGUCAUGGCCGUCUUUGGCAUCUCUCACACUAUCAACACCAAGGUCGGCAAUGACUUUGUGAGAGGCGUCAGUGGUGGCGAGCGUAAGCGUGUGAGUAUCGCGGAGGUCACCCUCAGCCAGAGCCCAAUCCAGUGUUGGGACAACAGUACCAGAGGCCUGGACAGUGCUACGGCUCUCGAGUUUGCCAAGACGCUCCGGUUGUCUACCAAUGUCGCCAAGACAUCAGCCGUCGUGGCCAUGUAUCAGGCUUCACAGCCGGCAUACGAUGUGUUUGACAAGGUCUCUGUUCUCUACCAGGGCAGGCAGAUUUACUUCGGCCCUACGGAACUCGCCAAGCACUACUUCGUCGAAAUGGGCUACGCCUGCCCCGACCGCCAGACCACCGCCGACUUCCUCACAUCUCUCACCAACCCCGCCGAGCGCGUUGUUGGACCCGGCUUUGAGAACAGGGUGCCCAGAAGCCCAGACGAGUUUGCGACGGUGUGGAAGGGAAGCCAGCUGAGGGCUCGUUUGGUGGAGGAGAUCCACUCAUUCGAGGAGCAGUAUCCCAUGGACGGCUCAGGCGUGAACAAGUUCUCUGAAGUUCGCAAGGCGCACAAGCAGUCUCUCACGUCCUCGAGGUCACCGUAUACCAUCUCUGUGCCGAUGCAAGUCUGGCUCUGCAUGACGCGUGGGUAUCAACGACUCUCUGGCGACAAGCUGUUCUUCUUUGUGACGGUACUCGGCAAUAUGGUGAUCUCGCUCGUGCUGGGCAGCAUUUUCUUCGACUUGCCAGCAGAUGCAUCGAGCAUGAACUCUCGUUGCAUCCUCAUCUUCUUCGCCAUCCUGUUCAACGGGCUGAGCAGUGCUCUUGAGAUCCUCACACUUUACGUGCAAAGACCCAUCGUCGAGAAGCAUGCACGAUACGCCCUCUACCACCCAUUCUCGGAAGCCAUCUCCUCCACAAUCUGCGACCUUCCCAGCAAGAUCCUCUCAACUCUCGCCUUCAACAUUCCGCUCUACUUCAUGGCCAAGCUCCGCCAGGAAGCAGACGCGUUCUUCAUCUUCCUGCUUUUCGGCUUCACCACCACCCUAUCCAUGUCCAUGAUUCUGCGCACCAUCGGCCAGACCUCGAGGACGAUCCAUCAAGCUCUUACGCCAGCCGCGAUCUUCAUCCUGGCCUUGGUCAUCUACACCGGCUUCAUCCUCCCGACCAGCAGCAUGAAGGGCUGGCUCCGUUGGAUCAACUACAUCAACCCCAUCGCCUACGCUUUCGAGAGCCUUGUCGCCAACGAGUUCACCGGACGCCGAUUUCCUUGCGCCGACUACGUGCCGGCCUAUCCGAACGCGACACCGUCUCAGCGUGCUUGUGCUGUAGCUGGGGCCAUGCCAGGGGCCAACUUUGUUGAUGGCGACUUUUACAUGAAUGCUCAUUUCAGCUACUUCAAGUCUCACAUGUGGAGAAACUUCGGUAUUCUCAUUGGUUACAUCAUCUUCUUCUUCACUGUCUACCUUGUGGCAGCCGAGUUCAUCACGACAAACCGCUCCAAGGGCGAGGUGCUGCUUUUCCGCAAGGGGCACAAGUCCACAACUCCCUCAAAGGCGGUGUCUGACGAGGAGACGGGGCGGUCUGAUCGCGUUUAUCGCAAUGAAAAAGAGGUAGUUUCUUCUCCGCACCACACUGCGACCAGACAACCAACUCGCCAACAGCAUCAAGCGGUCUUCCACUGGAAGGAUGUGUGCUACGACAUCACGAUUAAGGGAGAGGACCGACGCAUUCUUUCGCACGUUGCAGGAUGGGUGAAGCCUGGGACACUCACUGCAUUGAUGGGAUCUACUGGUGCUGGCAAGACCACUCUGUUGGAUGUUUUGGCCAAUCGAGUCACGAUGGGCGUCGUUUCUGGAGACAUGCUAGUCAACGGCAUCCCGAGAGAUCAAUCGUUCCAACGCAAGACGGGUUACGUGCAGCAGCAGGACAUUCACCUCGAGACUUCGACGGUGCGCGAGGCACUGCAGUUCAGCGCUAUGCUUCGACAGCCUGCAUCCAUCAGCCGGCAAGAGAAGUACGCCUACGUCGAGGAGGUCAUCGAGCUUCUGGAGAUGGAGGCCUAUGCGGAUGCGAUUGUCGGCGUCCCUGGCGAGGGUCUCAACGUUGAACAACGAAAACGCCUCACAAUCGGCGUCGAGCUAGCCGCCAAACCAGACCUUCUCCUCUUCCUCGACGAACCCACCUCCGGCCUCGACAGUCAAACAGCGUGGUCCAUCGCAUCCCUUAUCCGAAAGCUCUCCGAGAACGGCCAAGCAAUUCUCUGCACCAUUCACCAGCCUUCCGCCCUCCUCUUCCAGCAGUUCGACCGCCUUCUACUUCUAGCCCACGGCGGCAAAACCGUCUACUUUGGCGACAUUGGCGAGAACUCCCGGACGCUCACAGGUUACUUUGAGCAGUACGGAGCCACCCCCUGCGGCCCGGACGAGAACCCCGCCGAGUGGAUGCUGAAGGUCAUCGGAGCGGCGCCGGGUGCCAAGGCGGAGCGGGAUUGGCAUCAGACGUGGAAGGAUAGCGACGAGUCUGUUCAGGUGCAGCGGGAGCUCGCACGACUGGAGAAGGAAUCACCUGCGGCUGGAGCUUUGGGGACCAGCGAAGAGAUGUCGACUUACGCGACGCCGUUUUCUACGCAGUUGGCUAUGUGCACCAGGCGUGUGUUCCAGCAGUACUGGCGUACGCCUUCGUACAUCUACUCGAAACUGAUUCUGUCAGGCGGAACAAGUCUCUUCAUCGGUGUCUCAUUCUACAAGGCAGAACUCACGAUGCAAGGCCUCCAGAGCCAGAUGUUCUCCAUCUUCAUGCUCCUGGUCGUCUUCGCUUUCCUCGUCUACCAGACGAUGCCCAACUUCAUCCUCCAGCGAGAGCAGUACGAAGCAAGAGAGCGAGCCUCGCGUGCGUACUCGUGGUACGUCUUCAUGCUGGUGAACAUCAUCGUCGAGCUUCCCUGGAACACCCUGGCCGCGAUCGUCAUCUUCUUCCCCUUCUACUACCUCGUCGGCAUGUACCGCAAUGCGAUCCCCACAGACGCGGUGACUGAGCGCGGAGGCUUGAUGUUCUUACUUGUCUGGGCGUUCAUGCUUUUUGAGUCGACUUUUGCGGACAUGGUCGUUGCUGGCGUACCCACAGCCGAGAUUGGAGCUACGUUGUCUCUCCUUCUGUUCGCCAUGUGCCUCAUCUUCUGCGGUGUCAUCGUGCCUAUGGGCUCCCUUCCCACAUUCUGGAAGUUCAUGUACCGAGUAUCUCCACUCACCUACCUCGUCGACGGCCUCCUCUCGACUGGACUCGCUCACAAUGCCGUGCAGUGCUUGCCGCUGGAACUUCUGCAGUUCUCGCCGCCCGCCAAUGUCACUUGCGGAGCUUACAUGGAGACGUACAUGCAGGUUGCUGGCGGCAGGGUCUACAACCCAGAAAGCACCGAUACCUGCCAAUUCUGCUCAUUGGCCGAUACGGAUAUGUUCCUGGCCAUGACGUCCGCCUCGUAUGACAAGAGGUGGCGCAACUAUGGGCUGAUGUUUGUGUACAUUGUCUUCAAUCUGUUUGCUGCUUUGGGGCUGUAUUGGUUGGCUAGGGUGCCGAAGAAGUUUUCGCUGUCGCAGCCGUGGAAGAAGAAGACUGCUUAA